AUGGUAAGAUCUACGGUAAAGCACAGUUUCACAAAAUCCACAGUUGUUUUAGCGCUUGUAUGUCUUCUUGCGGUGGCUCUCACGGUGGAUUUUUUAUGGGCGUCUAUGUCGUCUACUUCUUCAACCGCAUCCUCCUGGACUAGUCGGAAGGAUCGCAUUGUCGUUAUACCAAACGCUGGCAAUCAUACUGAAAACAAAAAGAAGUUUGAUAAUAAAGAAGACAAGAAUAGAGGUCCUCAUAGAGAUUUAUCUGGGACAUUUGCUGAUUUACCUGCUCCAGAAUUAGAAUGGGAACAGAUGCUGUCGGCUCCUGUGCCGCGUUUGGAUGGUUUUGCAAUUCAGAUUAAGAAUCUUUUAUAUGUGUUUUCAGGAUAUGGAACCCUCGACUAUGUUCAUUCUCAUGUUGAUGUUUACAACUUCACGGAUAACUCAUGGGGAGGGAGAUUUGAUACGCCAAAAGAUAUGGCGAAUUCCCAUUUGGGAAUGGCAAGUGAUGGGAGAUACAUAUAUAUAGUGUCUGGGCAGAAGGGUCCUCAAUGCAGAGGUCCUAUAGCUCAUACAUUUGUGCUGGAUAUCCAGACCAAGAAAUGGGAGAGCUUGCCUCCAUUACCAGCGCCUAGGUAUGCUCCUGCAACUCAGCUAUGGAGAGGCAGGCUUCAUGUAAUGGGUGGCAGCAAAGAAAAUCGCCAUACACCUGGAGUAGAACAUUGGAGUCUUGCAGUGAAGAAUGGCAAAGCGCUAGAGAAGCACUGGCGAAAUGAAAUACCCAUACCCCGUGGGGGACCACACAGUAAAAGUUCUGGCAAGCUUGUAAGAGUUGAUAAUGGUAGAGCUGAGGGAAUGAUGUCCUUGAAUAUCUCAGUUUAUUGGGGAUUUUAG